GAUUUUCUUUGUCGGAUAAUAUCCGACAGUAACUAGCGUUUUUCCUGUAGUAUCAACGCCGCAAGCUGGCUCACGCACUCCUCAAAGACGCAGCCUCGAGCCUUCCACCCUCGUCGUCGCCGCUGGUGGUUCGCCUCUUGUUCGUGUCUGCCUCUGCUUGCCUCUUGUUUGUCCUGACCUCUGUUCCCCUCUUGUUUGUCGUCUGCCUCUGCUCGCGUCUAGUUCGCCGUCACGAUUUGCCUCUAAUAAGGUUGUGGCCGCAAAGAGAUAGACAUUUGCAUUCGGAAAGGGAACCAUAGCAGCUGAUAAAGGUAGCUGGUGGAGAAGAGCUGGGCUAAGAGCUGGGGCCUUAACAAAAAAGCUGCUGGAGCGACGAGUGUGACAUUUGGCUUCCCCGAGAAUAACCCUGUGAAAGGCACUCCGCGGGAAUGGGGUAAUAUCACUACUUUCAGAGAUGGGAGUGAGAGUUGGGAUGAGCUUUGUAGCGAUGUGGGGAGUCAUGCCCCUCCUUUGAAUGCCUUGGACCCAAUUCAAUCGGUCCUUCAAGUUUACCCUUUUAGUCGCCCUCUGACCCUUCAAGAGUCACAUCAUCUCAUCGAACUCCGUCUUUAACGUAUUCAUCCUUUCCUCCAAGGCAGCGCUAAAAAGAAAGCUCACAAAGCUUCAAGAACAAGGGCUCUGGUGCCAAAUUGUAAGAAACCAAACAUAGAAACUAGAAGGAGUAGUAUAAUAGUGUUAUUCACCCUGAUGAGUCUAGAUCUCAGCAACAAUCCAACAGAAAUAGGGCCCUAUAGGCUAUAGCAACCCCACUCUCCAAGCCAAUUCCCAAAUUCAGCUCGCCUUUCCUUUCCUACCCUUACACCCCUCUUUCCCCGAUAGCAAUUACACGCGCUAUGCACACACCCACAGGUUAGCAUGGCAUUCCCCUUCUCUCAAUGUCUCCCCAAGACCCAAGUUAUCAAUACUCGAGGACCCACUCAAUUUUUCCAAAUUUUCCACUCUCUGAUUCUUCUUAAUUCCAAAAUUGUCCCUGAACCUUUUGCGCCUAUAUAUCCACUACACUGUAGGGUAUUUAUCUGUGUUUUAAAAUGGUGGGUACAACAGCGCCAUGGCGAUAUGGCCUUGAGGAUUUUGUUCGUUCCUUUCUUUUUGUGUUCUUUUUUUCAAUUUACAUAGGUUCAUUAUGUCUACUUCAAGACAACCAAUAUUUUUUUGUUGAGUUUUUAGUAUUUGACUGUGCCAUAAUUGGCAUUUAAGUUCUAUGUCUAAUAUUUUUUGGUGUGUUAUGACUUGAUGUUAUGUUUAUUUGUUAAAUUUGCUGAAUUAAUUGCAUGUCUUGUCAGUAGAUAAUUGCUUAUAUUAAUUAGAUUUUAUAAUUUAUUACAUGUGCAGUUUUUCUUCUUUUUUGUGCAUACAUGUAUUUUUUAGGCCAUCUGCCAUUUCCUGCAAUGCAAUACGCCAUAAUCCGGCAUAUUUUGGCUCUCAGUGAUGACUCGCCAUCAACAAUAAAAAACUAUGAUUUAUCAUCGAAGCUAUUAGAUGCUUGUUUGCGAAGUAGUUAAGUUACAAAUUAAAAAAUUGCUUGAGUCUUAAUGAUUAUAAUUUUCUUUUGAUGUCAUGUUUUUUUAACUUAGGUAGAAAGCACGCCAUGUCUUUAACACUUGAAAAUGGUGACUUUUAUUACAAUUACGAGCAAGGGUCUAGUGAUACCACAUUAGGAGAAAGUGGAUUUUCAGAUCUGCCUUCCUUUCUUCCAUACCGGGUGACGGUCCGUCAAUUUUCUGAAAACAAUGACCAUGAUAAAUUAAGGCGUUGGUUUGAAAGACAACUAGAAUGUACUAUUUACGACAAGAAUAUUUUCUUGAGAAUGAAUUUCCUAGAUUCCUCACAAAAAAGGAUCAUUUCAGAUUGCUACGAAUUGAAUUUAGCUUCUUGGCUAAAGACCAAAUCAAUUCUGAAGGAUAAUUGGGAUGCAAGUAGUUGGUGGAAAACAAUCAAAGAAGAUUUCAUGUUGAUCUUUAAACCUAUUUUUGAAGGUUUAAAGAAAUUGCAUCUCCAGAGACAAUAUCAUGGGAAUUUAACUUUGACAUAUGGCAUCAAAGUUAAAAAGUGCGAUACACAAGUAUGUGGUAUUCUCACCGAUAUGGUGGAGCAAGAUGGACGUGCUGAUUUGGAUAGGAUGCUAUCUACUGAUGUCCAAAUGUUGCAGCUCAUCAUAGAGCAAGUUGUGAAAUUCCCAAACCAACAAUAUUGUAUACCUGCAGAGGUUGACGAGUUAUGCUUCCGUCAACUCGAGCUCCAUACGAGGCAAUACGCCCUAAGAAUCGAAUGGGCUCUGGAUCCGGUUCUCUUCUGGAAUGUAAACAGAAGAAUAAACUUUUUGGAAGCACUCCAAUGGCUGUUUUAUCCUCACGGACAAACACCGAAUGACGAGAUUAUACUUUGUUCUCAAUUUCGGAAAUGGGAUUAUAAUCAUAACGAUGCAUGUUUAACUGAAGUCUACAAGAAGAGCAUACGCAGCAAAGCUAAGAUUUUUGACGACGACUAUAGUGUACUCACAUUCUAUCGGAACUGCAUCCAGCAUGGAAACUUUAAUAAAUGGAAAGAGGCGAAUUCUCCUGAAGAACUUCACGAGACAUUUAUGAGAUAUUAUAAUCUUUUACUUCCAAGUAUAGAGACCAUGAAUGCUAUUUUAGCGCUUGAAAAUCCCUCUGGAAGGAUGAAAGUCUUAGUGUGGUCAUUAGCAUAUCAAAUCGACUUAGUCACAUAGAGGAUAUGUGAAAAAGAUUUAUGCAAAUGUGCUUGCCGAAGAAGUUGUUGCAAAGGAAAAUCCAAGAGGAUUUUUAAAAGAAAAACCUUAGAAUUUCUAGUUUGUUCUUGGGAAUCUCAUCUGGGACAAGUUCCAAAAACCAAACUCCAAUUAAGAUCUGCAGAGUGCCUAGUACUUUAUUAUUAAUUUGCACUUAGUGACCUGUUUUGAAGUUUUAAUAGCAGUGAACUCCUUUAAUUUUUAAGCA